AGAUUCAGCAGUAUAUCAGUAGAAUAUGUUGAGGAUUGGGUUGAGUAGGUCGUUAAAGACUGGCUCCUUGUUAAGACCAGUUCGUGCUAAUCAGUUUCAACUCGGAACAAAAAUUAUCAGUGCAUCAUCCCCCAUAGUGUCACCUAUCAGAUUCAACAGUUCUACUACCCAUGUAGUGGAAGAAAUCACCAAUAAACUAGUACCAAUCAGUGAUACUAUUGCCGAUAAAGUAGCAGCAACAUCUUUACAUGCCAAUCAAAUAGGAUACAUGGAUUCCAUUGGAUUAGUAGACGGUUGGGGCCCAACCGCCUUAGUCACUAGACUCUUGGAAGCAACAUACGUCUAUACAGGAUUACCAUGGUGGGCUACCAUUGUGGCCGCCACUGUUAUCGUCAGAGUGGCUAUGUUACCCUUGUACGUGAGGGCCUCCACCAAUGCCACCCGUAUGGCCAAGAUUAAACCCCAAUUGGAAGAAAUCAUGAGUACUAUGAAACAAUCCAAGGACAAUACCGAAACUAUGAAGGCAAUGGCCAAGAGAAAGAAGCUUAUGAAAGACAACAAUGUUUCUACUUUGGCCACCAUGGCUCCAAUACUUCAAGCCCCUAUUGCCUAUGGGUUCUUCCGUGCCUUGCACAAUUUCGCAGCUGCCCCAGUUGAGGGAUUUGCUAGCGAGGGUUAUGCUUGGUUCCCAAACUUGUGUGAAAUCGAUACUUAUUUAGGAUUACAAUUAAUUUCUACCGGUGCAAUUAUUGCUUUGAUCAGAUUAGGUGGUGAAACUGGACAAUCGGCCAUGUCUCCGCAAAUCAAAAAGAUUAUGACUUUUGUGCCAAUUUUAUCUAUAUUAGUCACUAAAGAUUUCACAGCUGGGGUAUUGGUUUACUUUGCAGUCAAUUCGAUUCUUUCAUUCAUCCAAACCAUGAUGUUGAGAGCCGGAUUCGUUAGAAAGUUGUUGGGGGUGCCACCUAAAUUAUCCACUCAAGAAUUGACAAAGUCAAGUGGUGGAGAUCCUGAAGUUGGAUUGAUGGAUUCUGUCAGUAACUAUUUGGAAAAACAUAAAGAACAAGCCAUUGCUACGGCUAGAAAAACUGAUAAGCAAUUGGAAAUAACUCAAAAGAGAAAGCAAAAGGCCAAGGAAGGGUAUAUCAAGAGACAUUAACUUACCAUAGAACGAAUACAUUAAAGACCUUGUAUAUAGUUGAAUAAACAACGAUUCAUAGUGUGGUUUUUGUGGGCAAUCCCUGACAAUUGCAAUUUAUCUAUUUACGCAAUCUGCUACAAAUCCCCUGUUGUGCUUAGAAUUAAAGAUGUACACGAUAAAACUAUACGCUGUAAGACUACACACUGUAAGACUACACACUGUAAGACCAUACACCAAAAGACUAGAAAAAUAAAUAGCUAAUUCCAUAUAGUUGAAAGAUGUAAUCAGCAUUCGCUUCCUCUAUUUAUAUCUUGCAGAAGUAAGCCGUAUUUCGCUAGACUAAAUGGACUCGAACGGCCCCUCAGAUCGUUCAAACAUGCUAUGCUUCCAAAAGAGUUCCAGAUAGUGUACACGAAGUUUAAAAUAUAGGCUAGCUAACCAGCUAGAGCCCAUCUGUUCCAAAUCAAACGAUUACAAGAAUGUACAGCAACCUUUCACCACCAAAACUUCUCCCGUUGAAGCCAAGUUGGUGGUUCAGGCUUGGAUUUACCCCAUUUCACGUAAUAGUAAUUCACCGUUUUUCGAAUCAUAGUACGCAAUCACCAAUAACACAUGCAACAAUAAAUAACCUUUAAUAAACUUGUCUGUUUUAGGUUUGCGAAGCCAUUGCAAUGGCAGUCAGGUGUCAGUAGUCUAAAGUGUAUCUCUCAGCCUAUCUUAAGCUAUUGGUGAGUUGCACGAUAUUCCGGUACACAAAUCUGUCUGUCUAUUUCCGAUCCGCUACCCGAAAAAUUCAAACAAUUUGUCAGACUAAAACAAACAAUUUGUCAGACACUUUAGUCUAGCACCUUCGGCCCUAUUCCUGCAUACUUCUACAGAUUGCUAAAUUUUAUAAAUUACCCCAAAUUUAUAUUAAAUAAAUGUAUAUACAAGCAAAGUCUAUUAAUACAACUCCUUCAACAUUUGUAAUCUUAAUUCCCGUAACUCACGUUCUCUAUCAAUGGAAUCAACAAAUGUUUCUUCUUCUUGGUAAAUAUCAGCGUAGUAUGAAUGAAUCUCAUUCAGUUCUUCAUCCAGUAUUGGCUCUUCCAAUUCUGAAUCUAUAGAGUAAUCACUCAUUAUAGAAGAAGUACCAGCGAAAUUCUUGAAAUUAGCAGCAUCAUUGCUGAUGAAGUAUUCUUCAUCUAUGCCCGUUAUACCAUCAGUUAAUGUGUUACUUGUGCUUGUCGUUAUUUGAUCGUUGGAUUUGUUAGAUACUUGCUCAUUAGACUUGUUUGACUUGAUAGACAAGGUAUUGGAUAUGCGGCGGAAUAAUGAAGGUUUUGAGUAGCAGUAUGAGUGACUAGAACUCGACUUUCUUUUGAUUAAACCUGGUAAACUAAAGUGUCUUUUAGGUUUGUAAUUUACUUCGCAGGGAGUAUCAAACGAUAUCGUGUUUUCAUAUAUGUUUAAAUAGUAGUAUUGUUGCAAAGUUUCAUCAUACACCAAUUUCCAUGGAUUAACUCCCGAUGGAACGGCGGUAGCACUAGAAGCAGUGGUUGGAGUCAUUAUAUUAAUAAAAGGCUGGUU